AGCCUGGACGAGUGGUCACUCUUGUUCAAGAUGAAAUGGUAAGAAUUUAUGUGCACUUGUAAUUUCAAUGGGGCGGGCGGGGGGCAAACGUCCCCCACGUUCACGUAACAAGAAAAAUCUGGAAAGAGUAAAACUCAAACUGCCAUUAAUUUGAGUUUAAAUUGCAAUUUCAGUAAUUUAGAAGAUUUCGUAAUCCUACACCACAGAUUGUCGCGGAUCCUAGAGCCUCCUUGCCAGGCAAAUAGUAAUUUGGUUUUGUUUGUUGUUUGGUUUGUCCCCCCCCCCCAGACAAGUAAAACAACAAAAGGGGCUCACUGGGGUGCAUUUCAGCUUAAUGAGUUAAUUAACAAAGAACUUUUUGUCUUAGGAACACGUGACUGGAGUGUCUUUCAAAGUGGAUAGCGAAGACAAGGACGAAGUCAUCAAGUAUUUAGACUACCGGGAAAAAGGUGGCUACCGAUUGGCUGAAAUGUUAUUCCACCCUGUCGACAAUUGUCGCAAACCGUACAAUGUUCUUGUCUAUACGGCUACGAAAGAUAACCCGAAUUACUUAGGGCCUGCCCCUGAGCAGGAAAUCGCAAAACAAAUUGUAUCGUCUGUCGGACCAAGUGGGCCAAAUUUGGAAUAUUUUAACAAACUGGUUGAAAGCCUAGAAAAACUUGGCGCAUCGUAUGUCGACGAUCAUCUAAGAAGCAUCAAGAAUUACAUCGACAAUAAUGACAAAGCAAUUUAAUAUAAUUUUUUUAUUGUGCGAAUUGGAAAAAUUGUGCUGGGUGUAAUUGUGCUAUUUUGCUAUUAUGAUGUAAAUUAAAGUAAAAACAAUGUACAACUUAUACAACAUUAGGUACAAGUAUUUAAUGAUUGAAAAUUGAAAUUCCUAACAGUCAUCAGAUUGGGGCGAGGGGAAGGCUCUUGCAAUUGUCCCACCAGAGUUCACUGGUCCCCACCAUUGGUCCCCACUUCUC